UUUUGUCAAACCCUGUUAGAAGACUAAGUCAUGGUUGGCUGGGAAGGUCUGCCAGUGAUUCAGCAAAGCCCACACUUAAGAAAUCAUCAGCUCCACAUCACUGGAAUCUGUUAGGCUGUAAAGAAGAAAUGGGAAACAAGUCAUGUUCUUAUAGUCCAGCAGUAAAAGAAGCAUCUGAAGAUGGAACAAAGGAAAAUGAUCUAGUAAAGUCUCAGUUGAUAAAGAAGUCCAAGUCUUUUGAUUUAAAUGGAGGAUCAACUGAAGAUGAAGCUUAUGAUGUUGAAAUUCCAUCCUCCGUGAAUUUUCAAAAUUACAUUUUUACUCCUAUUCAUACCUCUCUCUCCUCAGAGGGAGAUACAGGAAAAAUACAAUCAAAACAUCCAACAAGAGAAAGUACAAGUUCUGUUGACUUGACAUCAGAAGUUGAACAGAUAGUCAAUGAGCAAAUGGAACUUUACCCUGAAACGUCUACAGAUUGUUCAGAGGUUGUGGAAACCAAAACAUCGGAUAUUAUGACAACCGUAGUGCUUGAGGACAUGCCAGAUGUGGCUAAUCAAGAAGAGAUAUCACCCACUGUGUCUACUGAAGACUUCUGUAUUACAGAAAUUGAUUCUUUACACCCUUCUGUAGAGGAUGAUAAAGAAAAGGCUUUAGAGAAGAGAAGAUAUGUGGUUCAGGAGCUUUUAGAUACAGAAGAAGAUUAUGUGAAAGAUCUUGGAAGUAUUGUGGAGGGUUACAUGAAAGUAAUGAAAUCUGGGGAUAUUAGUGUACCAGAAGAUUUGAAGAAUGGGAAAGAUAAAAUAGUGUUUGGUAACAUUGAAGCUAUCUACGAAUGGCACAGAGACACUUUCCAUGGAGAGUUACAAAAAUGUGCCUUAGAACCAGGAAAACUUGGACCUUUGUUUCGCCGUUAUGAGAGAAGGCUAAACAUGUAUGUUGUCUACUGCCAGAAUAAACCUAAGUCAGAGUUUAUAGUUUCAGAGUAUGUUGAUACUUAUUUUGAGGAUGUGCGACAGAAGCUUGGCCAUAAACUUCAGUUGCCCGAUCUUCUUAUUAAACCUGUCCAGAGAGUGAUGAAGUAUCAGCUUCUGUUAAAAGACAUUUUGAAGUACACAGAAAAGGCUGGGCUAGAGAAAGAUGCAGAAGAUUUACAAAAGGCUGUUCGUAUUAUGCAUGUGGUACCCAAGGCUGCCAAUGAUAUGAUGAAUGUGGGACGUUUACAGGGGUUUGAUGGUAAGAUCACAGCACAGGGGAAGCUGUUACUACAAGGAAGUCUCCUUGUAGGCGAGCCAUCAUCAGGAGGAAAGUUUAAAGAUCGUCAAGUCUUCUUCUUUGAACAGAUUAUCAUUUUCAGUGAGUCUGUGGGUCAGAAAACGCAGUUCUCUAACCCUGUGUAUAUCUACAAAAAUCACUUACAGGUUAACAAGAUGUCGUUGGAGGAACAUGCAGAUGAUGAAGACAGUCUGAAGUUUGUUCUCAGAUCCAAAGAUCCCAAUCAAGAAGGCUUAUGCUUUGUUGUCCAAGGAAUGUCACGGGAAGAUCGGGAUGAGUGGGUUUCCAACAUCCGAGCAAUCCUGGACACCCAGUUAGAUUUCUUAAGAGCCAUACAGUCACCUAUAGCUUAUCAAAAGGAGCUAACCAAAGAUAUCUCGGAACUGGAACUAGGAUCAUUGUGGAACCCAGCAGUACAUAAAACUUUAUCCCAUCCUUCCUCAUCUCAAAAACCAUCAAAGGAUUCAAAGGGAGUUUGCAAUGACUCAUUGUGGUUUCCAGGGUUGGAUAAAAAAAGCAAAUCUAUUGAUGUCAGUUCUAUGACAAUAAGUAGAACUUUUAAUGAUGAGAAUCAAAAUAAUGAUUUGGUGUCUUCCAGACCCAAAUCAUUACCAAGGUCUGAGAUUUGUAAAGAGGAGAAACAAGGUUUAGUGUGUCUGGACGGCAAGCGAAAGCAUUCAUUUCCAUUAGAGAAACACUUAAGUACCCCACAACACAGCUCUCCUAAGAGCAAAUGGAGCUUUUUCGAAGGAUUUCGCAACACACCUCGUCCAAAAUCCAAAUCAAAUUUAAUGGCAAGCAGCUUGCUCUGCGCGAGCCAGAACUUAGAUUCACCUUGUAAUCCUAAAAUGGGACUAGAUCCUAGUAAAGGCAGUGGAAUGAACCGGAGAUGGUCAGAAGUUUCUCCUUCACAUAUGUUAAGGCCCGGUUUUGUUUCCGACACAUCUGAUCCACCCAAGUAAGCUUGUUCUUCUUCCUAAGUGUUGACUGAAGUUUGUUCAUGGAAAUUCUGUCACUCCAGAGCAAUAAUUGCUGUGCUUUACAUGUCAAAAGAAUGACUUUAGUUAUGUCUCUGGUUAAGUUGCUUGGGAUACUUCCAGAUUAAUGGCAAGUUGGUGAAAGUGGCAGAAGUUAGCUCGUGUAAAUAGUAAAACUUAACCAACUUGUGUUUGAUAACUGCCAACUAAACAUCAGACUGUACACAGGAAACAAUGUACAAAUAUAUGAAUAUAUAUAUAUAUAUAUAUAUAUAUAGAGAGAGAGAGAGAUAUACAUGUACGUAUUCUGUAGUUUAUGUUUGAACAUUCAUUUAAUAAAAAAAUAUGUUUGA